AUGAGAAAAUUCGAUCCAUGGCCAGUGUUCUUCAGGAGAGAGUACAACCGCAACUGGCCAUUCCUUGUUGGCUUCGCUAUUACUGGAACCAUCAUAACCAAGUUCUCCCGCAGCCUCACUGAGGAGGAUGCAAAGAACUCGCCCUUUGUGCAAAGGCACGGGAAGUAA